CCUCCGUCCCUCGCUCGGAUCCACAUCAUAUAAACCGGGGGCCUCGCACCUUCACGGGGUCAAAUUUCUCGGGCGGAUCGCAGCAGCCGCUUCGGGAGACGACGCGGAUCUUCUCGGGAAUAUAAACUUGUUUUCGGCCUGUUGCACCUCGACUGACGUCGCUGCAGGAUGACGACGAUGUGAACGCUCGGUGGUUCGAUUCUCCUCCUGAACCCGAGGGACCAGUCUGAGUGUUGGAUGAGUCCCGGUGGCUGCAGAUCCCCGAGCAGCGACCGUGUUGGGGCCGCAGCGGCACUGAGACACCGAGGACCGAGGGCGACGGCUUCUUCAGCGACCCGCUCAUCAUGAACCUCAUCGGGGGCUACCAGCACCACCACCACCUGAUGCACGAGCCCUUCCCGUUCGUCCAGCGGUGCCACCAGGACGCGCCGUACUUCCAGAGCUGGGUGGUGAACCACGGAGAGGUGCCGCCGGACUUCCAGAUCCAGGCGCCCUACCCGGCCGCGGAGCUCGGGGCGCCCGGGGCGACGCACGACGGCCGGCUGGAGGGGCUCCAGGCGGGGAUGGGCAAGAGGAGAGCGUCGGGGCCGAAGAAGGAGCGUCGGAGGACGGAGAGCAUCAACACCGCCUUCGCCGAGCUGCGGGAGUGUAUCCCCAACGUGCCGGCGGACACCAAACUGUCCAAAAUCAAAACGUUGCGUCUGGCGACCAGUUACAUCGGCUACCUGAUGGACGUGUUGGCCAAAGACUCCGGGGAGACCGAGGGCUUCAAGGCCGAGAUCAAGAAGUUCGAGAACCGGGAUCUGAAGAGGAAACGAGAGCUGGUCCCCCUCCUCCCGCAGAUCGACGGGCCGCAGCAGGACGCGUCAGGGGCCGAGAAGAAGGUGAAGGGCCGGACCGGGUGGCCGCAGCAGGUCUGGGCCCUGGAGCUCAACCAGUGACCCCCCCGUCCUCCUCCUCCUCUUCCUCCUCCUCCUCUUCGUCCUCACGGACUCUGGAUUCAAAUCAGAUUAAAUAAAAACCACUUAAGGACUGACCCUGAACGCACCGCCGUGCACGUGCAUUGAUGCGCAAAAGGACGAAAUCACAGGACACAGAACAACGUGCGACAAGGAGACGGACGUUUGUUUUCUCCUGGUGUGUUUCGACGUGGACACACACACACACACACACACACACACACCUGACUGUAGGUGCUGAUGAACCACGUGAUGAAACUGCGUCAAAAACAGUCUCCUCUUCAAACUGCGUCGCUCUGAUGAUCAGAAAAUACAAAUUAUAAAUGUAAAGUGUGUCGUGGCCUUGUGCAAAAAGAAAUUAUAAAUAUUAUUGUUGUUAUUAUUAUUAUUGUUAUGAGCGCGAGAAACUCGCUGUGUCGCGGAACUGCGUCAGAAACGACGCGAACAUAUUUCAUUAUUCAUCUUCGUCUUUAUAGAAACUGAUCUUUUUAUUGUUUCAUCAACUUUCAUAUAGAAACAGUUUUGGCACCUUUACACAUUUUUUUCCCCCGUGUUGGCGGCGCGUGGAGAGUGGUUUUUAUUUAACACCAACCGGAAAUUAAAUGAUCUCGAAAAGGAAAACUUAAAAGUGAGUUAAUAAACUAGUUUAAUAUUUAAUAUUUCCCGCGAUGUGAACACAUUUUGAGGGGAGACGUUUUUUAGUCACGGUUCAUCUGAUGAAUUCGGUCAUAAAACAGAAUUAUGGUUUUAAUAUUUCUGACUGAACUGAACUGAAUCUACCUCAGAAUCUUUUCACUUCACCUCCACGUGACAAACACACACGAGCAUCAGUUGGAUUAUUAAUGUGUUGAAAUGUACAUUAGAUGUGAAGUUAUAUAUAGUUCGUAAAUAAAUGAAUUAUUUUAAGAACGUCAUGUUUUAUUAUUACGUGUUUUAUUGGUGCUGGAAACAAAGUUAAUACACAAGAAAAUAUUUUCUCCUUUUCAUGAGUUGAAUCUCGUUAUUCACUUUCAGACAGAAGAGUUUUUGUUCAUUAAGUUUUUUUCGUGACUCAGAUUUUCUUCCUUUGCUCAAUUUUACGCUUUAAGAUCAAUUUUAAUUUAAUAUCUUUGCCUUUAUUAAAACGUCUGUUUAAAUGUGCAAAUCAUUUAUAAUUGACAAAAUAUUGCAAAUCUAAUAAGCUACAUUAUAAUUGUUUUUUUUUAUUCCCGUAUUUAAACAUUUAUUUUAAAAAUCCGUUUCUAAUUCUGUUGAUUCUCGGGUCUGAUGUAAAAAUCCAUUUUUAAUUUUGUUGAUAAUUAUAAUGUUUGUGUAUGAAAUGUGUUUCAUGUGUAAAUGGUUCAAUAUCUUUAAUAAGAGUUUGAGAAAUAAUCAUUGCAAACAAACGACCCCCCCAGCUCACCUCCAACACGAGUCCACAGCGACCCCCAGUGGAUGAACCUGUAUCUGCACCUUAACAGACAAGAGGACGUUUGUUUUCAGGCUGAAUAUUAAAACGUCGAUAUGAUUUGAUCUGAAUGUGGUCAGAGUAAACACCAGGAGAAAGAACAGAGGCCUGUACAAUGCAUUUAUUAUUAUAAUGUUAUCAACAGGAGCAAUGAGAUAAAUAUGUUCUUUCUAACACAUUAUAAUAAUUAGGUAAAUGUGGCAUGGCCCGUGUGUUAGUGACGUUCUCUACAUGACGUAAACAAACCUACAAGCAACAACUGAAGAUACAGCAGACACUAAAACAUAAAAACUGAGUGAAGAUAAAAUAAUAAACUGUAUGAACUCUUAAAGUUCGACACAUUAAAGAGGACGAGUCCUGAGAAGAUGUUUUCACCGUGGCGCCCCCUGCUGGUCGCUUCUCAUCAUGACACGCAGCUCAACUGCAGUGAAAUGUUAAAAACAUUAAUAGUUUCUGUUCAUGUCACUGAAACUGAAAACUGUUGGAGACGCUCUUGAGCGGAGUUCAUUUCAUCUACUUCACAAUUCACCCAUUUAAUAAAAAUCAUAAAACAAUCAGAAGUUGUUAACGUACGGACGUAAAUCAUUUAGUCGAGAGGCAGAAACAAAUUCAAGUUCACAUCAGACUGAUUUCAUUCAGACGUGAAUUUGCUUUUUAAUUUCAUCCGGUUUUCAGAGUUGUGAAGAAACAAAAAGUACAGUCAUCCAGCUUCUUAAAUACAUCCAGGAUCAAAUCCUUGUCUGAUAUGAACUCUUAAAUAUUAAAAUGAUCUCCUGCCACUCACACACACACAUACUUGUAUGCCUGUCUUUGUGAGGACACCUCAAACAGCCCGAUGUCCAACGGGUCUUCACAAAGACAGAGGAACAAGCACACAAACCCUCCUCUCUAAACAAACUUUAGACUUUAUACAACUAAAAGAUUUAAGGCUCAACUAAGAAGAAAGAAAAGAAAAUGUUAGAUAUAUAAAAACAAAGAGUCAGUGUCUUUGAACGCAUCACGUGAAAGGGUUGUUAUGGUUUGAUAUUUUCUGUUUCUCAGUUUUUUAAAGGAGAUUUAUUUAUUCUUUUAAAAACCUCGACACUCUUCUUCUGUUUGGCACCAACAUUCCUCCAGGUGGCGAACGUGUUAACAGUCAACUCGGCAAAGAACAAAAAUAA